GUGAUCAGGCUCCGCCCAUUGCCAUCGCGGCCCGUGAUGUCAUCGUUCAGCCGGGGGUGCAGGUGACGCUGAGCGGCAUCCAGAGCCUGGCGCUGGGCGACGCCCACAUCAUGAGCUACAGGUGGAGCCUGCAGGGCGGGGCCGAGAGCCUCCACACGCAGGAGACGGAGCUACCUGACCAGGUGCAGCUGUCCAACCUGCAGCCGGGCUCCUACAGCUUCCAGCUGACCGUCACAGACUCCAACGACCAAUCAGACACUGCCGAGGUCAACGUCCUGGUCCUCAGCCCGGAGCUGACCAGCUUGUACUGCCUCUCCCCCCUGAAGGUCGGGCCUUGUCGAGCUAUGUUUCCUCGCUGGCGCUACGACGCUCCGUCCGCUCGCUGCCAGCUGUUUACCUUCGGAGGAUGUAAACAAAACAACAACAACUUCCUGUCUGAGAAGCAGUGUGAGUCGGCCUGCAGCGGGGUCACAGCGCCGUCUGAAAGGAGUUCUCUGCCAGCUGUCGAGUGUGGAGGGGAGUGUCGUCCUGGUCAGCUGACCUGUGGAGACUGCUGUCUGGAUCCCAGUCUGGAGUGUGACGGGGUGGCGCAGUGCAGCGGGGGGGAGGACGAGGAGCCCUGCAGCCAACUGAACCAGACCUUCACCCGUCUGCUGGACAUCGAUGUGAACAAGAGAAAAGCACGCUGUGCCGAGCCCCCCCUCACCGGGCCGUGUCGGGCCAGCUUCACGCGCUGGUUCUACGACCCUCUGAACAGGAAGUGCUCUCGCUUCACCUACGGAGGCUGUGAGGGCGGCGGGAACAACUUCGAGGAGGAUGACAAGUGCAGCGCCACCUGCAAGGGGGUCACAGAGCGUAACGUCUUCUUCAAAGGGAUAUUUGGCCGCUUCGAGGCGGAAGAGGAAAGUGACUCAGGUAACAUCGCGCUGGCCGUCUGCCUGUCGGUGGCCAUCUUGGCUCUGUUGGUGAUCCUGACCUACUGCUUCCUGAAGUCCAGGAAGCAGCGCUCCCACAGGCCGGCUGCCGCAGGCUCCGCCCACUCGGCGCUGUCGCAACAGGACACGAUCGUCUACAAAACCACGACCAAGCCCGUGUGACGUCGCCGUGACGACCAGCGCGCGUGACGACCAGCGAGCGUGACGUCGCCGUGACGACCAGCCCGUGUGACGUCGCCGUGACGACCAGCCCGUGUGACGUCGCCGUGACGACCAGCCCGUGUGACGUCGCCGUGACGACCAGCCCGUGUGACGUCGCCGUGACGACCCUCUGGGGGCUGUUCCAGUAUUUGUUAUUAAAGGAGCGUAAAUCAA